AAAAAAAAAAAAAAACAGGAAAAGGAUUUGAAGAAGGGAAAAACUCCUGUGUCCGCGGUUGUAGUUCUCUCGUGACCGGGGAGGGUCAUUAGUUUCUCCUCUACUCGGCAGACUUACGACUCGCGACUCGCAACUUACGCGACUAUUGGGACUCGGAACUCUACCGGAAUCGCGUUGCGACUCCGGGGGAUGUGAAGUAGGCGACCCUUACCAUCUUGACCAACACACGUCACGCCCGCGCCGGUAUUCAAUGGAAGGAAAACCGACGCUGCUGCGAUCUUCUCUUCCCCCAUUUUUUCACUCCCCGAAAAUCUCUCACCCCCGGACACCCUUCGCGGUGCGGUUCCUCUUCCGGUUCACCGCCUCCCCUCCUCCCUCUCGAUUUUCCAUUUCUUUUUUUUUUCUUCUUCUUCAUUCGUUGUUACUCGUAGUUUCCUCCCGCUAUUUUCACUCGUGAAACGGCGCAAGGCUAUGGAAAUAAUAUCCUUUAAAGCAUAAUUACCUUCAUCGCUUAAGGUACAAAAGUUAAUAUUCUUUUUUCUCCACUUACGUUUUGUUCGCAGAAGGAUUUCAUUUAUUCUACCCUGUGCAGGUUUAUAAUAAUGUGCAAGGCGGAGGUAACUACACGUCGUACCCACACCGUCGGGAAUGCUUUGCAUUUACAAAUGCUUUUACGUGUGCGUGUGUACGAGGGUGUACGAGGGUGUACGUAUACGGGUUAUGAAUUUUUGAGCUAAUCCGGAGAUCGCCCCAGGGCUUGCGACGUGGAUGCGUUUUACCCAACGAAAAUAUUAUACGCCUAUAACAUGACGCGACAUACAACUGAAACCGGAUUACCGAGUGGAAAACUACUGCUACCCCUCGCCUUCCGUUCCCAACUUCAUCCCCUCAACAUCGACAUCGCCUUCGUCAUCGUGACGGUCCACGCGGAUGGCAAAAAAGUUUGGUAACCUAUGGGGAACGGAGUAACCGAUAAUGCCAUCAAAGCCGACCGGGAAACUGAAAACAGGUAUACCGAAACGUUGCGUUAAAACAGAAUUAGUAUAAACACAGUUCGAUUUGCUGAAAAUCAUCCAGUCGACUUUGGAGUCACGAGGUUUCAACGAGUGCUUUUCAUUUGGGUCAUAUUUUUGCAAUUUUACAAUGUUUUUUUUUUUUUCCCCCAUCGAAUCAACCGAAAACCGCAACAAGAUAAAAUCUGACGUAAAAAAGGCAUCGAAAUCGCAGUGUCCCAGAAACAGAGUUCUCCGUGAUACUGACGAUUGGCUGAAGGAAAUAAAAAUUGACCCAAAAAGAUAAGAUUACGUCCGUGAUUUUAUUUGAAAUAACCAGUUCCUUCGCGUAUCAUUUGUAAUCAAACACACCGACUCGAUAGUUGCGCUUUAUCUCGUGAGAUCUGGUGAUGCGAGGCACUGCGGAACGUCGAGAUAAAUGUGUCCCCUCGUUUCUAUUUAUUUGAUAUUUUUUCAUAAAUUCUAGAUCCAUGUACGAGACACGCUUUACAGACAUUUAGUGAGAAGCUAACUAGAACGGCGAUGGGAUAUAUAAGCUCGAUGUAAAUCAGUUGGAGUCACAAUAGCUGUUGAAAUGCCUUCUUUCGCCGUGGUAAUCUGCGUGCUUCUGGUCGUCACCGGGAGCUUCGGUUUCGCGACGCGUUCGAGGGAGCCCCGAUUGCGCGACGGCCGUAUCGUCGGCGGUGCAGAUGUCGGAAUCCAGGAUCAUCCCUACCAACUGUCUUUUCAGCAAUACAAACAGCAUAUUUGCGGGGCUUCGAUAAUUAGCCCAAAAUGGGCCAUCACCGCCGGUCAUUGUGUCGGGUCGCCUCCGAGUUACUACCGCGUAGGCGCCGGAAGUGCACGGAAGUCCGAUGGAUCGUUUCAUGCGAUAAAAAACAUAAUUAGGCAUCCCCAGUUCGAUAUGGCCGCCAUUGAUUACGAUAUAGCUUUGUUGGAGGUGGAAGAGGAAUUUGAAUUUUCCGAAACCGUACAGCCCGUAGAACUUCCUGAUCUCGAAAUUGAACCUUGGUCCGUAGUUAACGUUACCGGAUGGGGUGCUCUCUGGCAAGGCGGAAGCACGUCAAGGUUACUGCAAAAAGUUACCGUUCCCAUAAUACCCAGAGAGCUGUGCAGCGAAGCGUACAGUUUCAUGAACGAUAUAACGCCGAGGAUGAUCUGUGCCGGGAACCUGGUCGAAGGUGGAAAAGAUUCGUGUCAAGGUGAUUCGGGGGGCCCGUUAGUCGCCAAUGACACUCUUUACGGAAUCGUAUCGUGGGGUUACGGGUGUGCCAGGCCAAAAUAUCCGGGCGUUUACACGAAUGUUGCCGUACUUCGGGAUUGGAUAAGAGAGAACAGCGGAAUUUGAUCGACGUUUUAUUUUCAAUCUGCGAUUCAAUUAUAUCUAGCCAUACUCAAUCGCAUUGAUUGGUAUUCAUUCUUGUUUUCUUUUUUUUUCUAAUAAAUGGGAUUACCAGUA